AUGAAAUAUACUAGACUGCCUACUCUUCCCGUCUUCACUGAGCCGGAUACCCCUGAAGGAAAUAGGAUAUCCACAGCUUGCAAGAUUGUAGCUGCCGCUGCAUUCCUCUCUGUUGGUUUUGUCCUAGGCGUGGUGUUUCACAAGGCCGUGGGUGGGAAUAACGCAUCAGCCCAUUGUGGUGAUAACAAAUCAAUAAACAUUUUUCCAAAUGGCACCAUCCCUCAAGUCUUUCUUUCCUCUCAUGCCACGCAGCGCAUACGCCAUUACCCUGAAUUCGAAGCCCCUCCACCCGAAGAAGGGCCUGAGCCUGUCUGGGACGCUCUGAUUCCAGACGGCCUAGGAUAUAUCGUCCACCCCGGUCUUUCACGCGAUAAUAUAUCCGUGGUAGCCGUCUUCCACCAGUUGCAUUGUUUGUACCUCAUCCGUCGAGCAUACUAUACAUCCAACUCCGACGCCCAAGGCGAAGACUUCGACACCGGCAUCGAACGCCACCCACACGUUGGCCACUGCUUUGACUAUCUUCGACAGAGCCUCCUCUGUUCCGCCGACUCAAGCCUCGAGCCUACAAACGAGCGGGUAAACGGGAAUCCAAAGUGGGGGUUUGACAAGCAGUGUCGCGAUUACGAGGAUGUUAGACGUUGGGCUGAGAAAUGGAGGGCGUUUGAUAUCGAGGGUUCUUUUGUCCCGUUUCGUUUGGAGCAUGGUGUCCAGGAUUAG